ACUCGUCAAGAAAGUUCUAUUUUCGUUUUCGAUAUCACUAACGCGAACGCGUCAAGGAAAAGGUGAGGAUGACAGAGGAUGGCAAAUCGUCACCAGAAUUCCUAGACGUUUUAUAUUCAUUUGCAAAUGAAGACGACGAGGAAAGGGGAACUGUGAAAACUAAAAGAUCCGUGUGUUUGAGAUGCUGUCGUCCAAUACCAGUCUGUUUGUGUCCCUAUUUACCAGAGGUACCAGUAUCCAUAGAAACCAAUGUCUUUAUUUUACAACAUCCCUUGGAGGAAAGCAGAAACCUGGCAACUGUUCCCAUUCUAUGUGAAUGUUUACCGUCAGAAAAAGUACAAAUUAUCAAAGGCAAAAAGUUCUCACCUCGCAGGUACCCAGGGGUGGCUGAAAUUCUCCGGAGCCCCAAUACCCUCUUACUGUACCCGGACUCUGAGGCAGCUAAUGUGGAAGAUAUUCCCCCAGCAGCAGACGAUCAGCCAUACAACCUCAUCCUGCUGGAUGGAACUUGGGGACAGGCUAAAAGCAUGUUCCUACAUAAUGAAGUGUUUUCCUGGCCUAGAAAGGUAAAGCUAAAUCAUGACUCCAAGAGUAAAUUUGUGAUUCGGACCCAGCCUAACGAUAUGUCGCUAUCCACCUUAGAAUCCACAGCUUUAGCACUGGCCGCAUUGGAAAGAAAACCAGAAAUUGCAGAUAUUUUAACACGUCCACUUGAAGCUCUCUGUGAUUUUCAAAUUCAACAUGGAGCCUGCAAACAUGACAGUAAAGUGUACAAAAUUGAAAAUGGCCUCUGGCACAAGACUUUAAAAAAGAAGUACUUAAAGAGACUAGAAAAAGAUGGAACUUUAGGGCCCUCAUUAAUUUCAAAUUCAGAAAAACCAUCUUGACAGAAGCAAAACUUAAAACACUUAAUUAGAACUUAGAAGACUUCAAGGGUUUUUUCUUUUCUUUGCAAUAAUGAAUGAUAUGCUGGCAACCCACUACUCACAUAAAUCACAACACAGUGUACAUAAAUGAUAUUAAGGAAUUUAAACAAGAUAAAUUUUGAAUUUUCUCAAAGCUCUUGAAUAAUGCACUAUUCUGUGGAUGAAAUAUGAGAAAAAUUAUCCUUCAUUAUUCACUCAUGUGGGAUAGGGAAAUUCCACUUCUGGUACAUUCGCUGUUUAGAUUGUGAAUCUUGUCCCCUCAAUGGAUCUUCCCUAUAUCCCACACUCGUACUAAUGAAGGAUUCUCAUUCUAUUAAUCGCACAAAUAUAGUGAUUUUCUUGUCAAUAAACAUUUAUCACACACAUGUAGUGAGUUUCAGUGCCAGUACACAUCAUACACAUGUAGUGAGUUUCAUGCUAAUAUGCAUUUAUCACACACAUGUAGUGAGUUUCAGUGCUAGUACACAUCAUACACAUGUAGUGAGUUUCAGUGCUAGUACACAUCAUACACAUGUAGUGAGUUUCAUGCUAAUAUACAUUUACCGCACACAUGUAGUGAGUUUCAGUGCUAGUACACAUACACAUGUAGUGAGUUUCAGUGCUAGUACACAUCAUACACAUGUAGUGAGUUUCAGUGCUAGUACACAUCAUACACAUGUAGUGAGUUUCAGUGCUAGUACACAUCAUACACAUGUAGUGAGUUUCAGUGCCAGUACAGAUCACACUGAUAUAUAUAGUUUAUACUUUGGAUCCAGACCCUAUUGAAUACUGUGAAAGACCUUUGAGCUCAUUGUCAUAACUGGAAAAAAAUUCACGUUAUAAUGCAAAACUUUCGCAAAUUAACAUGUAACUUUUGCAUUAUAAUGCUAAACUUUCGGUAUAUUUUGAAUUGUAAUUCAAAAUAUUCUAUAUAGAUAUAGUAAUAUGUAAAACAGGAACCUGUGAAAAGUACAGUGAAUGAAGACUGUUUAUAAGUAAAAGUUUUAUUGAUUGCAUUUUAGUAGAAUUCAUAUUUGUAAUUGAUUAAUACCAGUGUUGCUUAGCUAGCAACAGCUUUUUAUUCGAGAGUAAACAAUGCUUAAUCUAAAGUUUCUUUUGAUUCAUUUGAUAACCUGGAAAACCCCUCAGAAAGUCUUUAGAAAGCAGUUGGUGACCUAAGUCAUUUUCUUCCAAUGAUAGAUGAAUUCACACUUUUCAAAGGUUAUGUUCCUUGGCUGUAUUCUUUUGGAAAAACCGAACUGUUUUAUAAUAAAACACAUAGAAUUCUCA